AUGUAUUCAUAUCCCCAUUACCUUUAAACUCCCUAUUCCCAGUAUCCAUAUAUGCAAAUGGAUUACUAAGCAAUAUACAAUUAGUUUUACCUUCCAUAUCAAAACCAACUCCCACAAUUUAGACAACAUACAUUCCAUCAAGCACAAUAACCUGCUUAGCAACUAAAUUAUAUCACUAUUUCUGAUGAUGAAGAAAGUACACCCAAAUAGGAAAUCCCCAAGCCUAUUCCUCCACAACUAGUUCAAAGUGUUUAAACUUUAAAACAAAUAACCAAAAUGCUGGACCUAGAUUAGCUCGAGGCAUCAGGCAAACUUUUCGAUUGUGAAAGUUCUCCCCCUCCUCCUCUACCAAAAUAAAUUAUAUAAAAGCCAAAAAAGCAUCUGUCCAAGCAAUAGAAAAAAAGAAAGAAUAAAAUUAAGCAAUGCCCUGCAAAAAGACCUAUACCAUGCCUCAAACAAGUUCAAAUAAGUAAAGACAGGUAGCAGCAAGUAUUCUAACAAUCCAGUGUCAAAGUCCGAUUAAUCAGAGUUUAUGAGAGAAAUGAAGAUUAAUUUUUGAAACUCUAUGAAAAGCUAAAACUUAAUUUUCCAUAAGCAAAUGAUGAAGAUGUGGUCAUAAUACUCAAUAAUUGCAAUAAAGAUUAUUCAAAAGCUGAGUCCUUUAUACAAGAAAGUGGUUGCUCUAUCUCAUACUACCUCAAUUCCUAAAAGGAUCAACAAAUUGAUGAAACUACUACUGAUGGAAAAUGA